ACAGUGCCAGUUUAGUCAAUUCAGGUGAACAUUGCGAAAAAGACGUGGAUGAUUCACAAGUCCGUGGUAAAAAUCCUGAAAGAAAAAUUAUUUUAGAUAAAAAAAAACCUUUUUUUGCAAAAGAAAAUGCCUCUGUGUGGAUUUGUGUGAAGAAAAGAAAUCCUUGGAAGAAUUGUAGAAUUAAUAUAGCAAAUGUUGUGUGACAGGAAGUGACUCAGGCUGUGCAGAAUAUGGGUCCUAGUGGUCGUGAUUUGGUGAUUUUUGCUAUAUUUUUGGGAACUGUUGUGCGUGUUAUUGAGUGCCCGGAUACAUUGCGGAGGCGCCAGCGGCACGUGGUCCCGGAAGCGCAUCCCGAAUGGCCAGAAGGGCGUCACGGGGUGUAUGUAGUGAAUAGCCAAGGCCAGCGUUAUCGCACCAGCAGCCACAAUUUAGAUAGCGAAAUACCGACAAACUCUAUCCCGGACAGAUUAGUUGAUGAAUUAUUGGCCAGUGGUGACAAUUCCGCACAAACAAUUGAUCAUUUUGCGUCUCCGGUGACUGAGCACACAACCACGCUAUCUCCCUGGACGGAUUUUAGGGAAACAAUUGUGUAUUCCGCAGAGAAUACCGAUGGAACCACCAACACUGAACUGCCAACAACAACGGAAGACUACGAAGACUCCAGGGAAACCUACAUUCCUGGUCAGGGACGUCCCGAUUGCAUUCUCGGUCCAGCGGAAAUUUAUCUCUCGUGGUGGCUCAAAAAUGACGGUAGUCUCCGGACAAGUGCCACAAGACGUCCUGAAAACUCGCUAUUCCUGGAUUUAUCAGCAAUGCGUCUCACCGAGUCAAAGAUCUACGAGAAGAUUCGUUCGCGCCUCCAGGAGCGUCAAUUAGGCAAUUUUCCCAUUGUCUUCCUCUCAAUUGCAAAGAAUGGCCUCACAAGGAUCCCCUUUGAUUCCCUACAACUCGUCACAGGGAGCCUGGAGUAUCUCUCGCUUACAGGGAAUAGUCUUCAAAUCCUCGAUGCGAAUACUUAUUCAGAAUCAACGGUUUUUCCAGCGAUGGAACAACUUAAGGAAUUGGAUGUGCGAAGAUGUUUAAUUGAAGUGAUUGCCAAUAAUGCUUUUACGGGGCUACGUAACCUGAGGAAGCUCUAUUUGUCCCACAAUCGUAUUACGGAACUCUCAGGAGCUACUUUUGUCUCUCUGCCACUUCUUAUGCAUCUCGAUGUGUCAUUUAAUACACCUGAACUCUGGGAGACUCCAUUGCACAUGGGAGAUGCCCUGGAGAGAGCCAUUGGGGGCGUUCGUCUUGCUCCGGAAACUUUUGCUGGAUUGGAAAAACUCAAAUUCCUGGACUUUUCGCACACACGCGUUGAAGCAGCCAGUACCAAUGCAUUCAGUCAUCUUCCACGUCUCGUGCAGCAGCUUAGCCUCUGUCAUACUGGUGUCCAAAUUAUUGGGUACGGGAUGUUCAAUGGGACAAACCUCCAAGUCUUGGACAUUUCUGGGAAUCCCCAAUUGACGAACACCAUGCGUGCAAAUACAUUUGAAGGGUUGGAGGACAAAUUGGAGAUUCUCUCCUUUCAAGAUUCCAACGUGAAGCAUCUCUCAUGGUUGCAGCACCUCACAAAGCUCCGGAUGUUGAUGCUACGUGGAAAUAACAUCAAUCAACUGUCCAAUACAACAUUCAUCCACACCCCACAACUGGAGAUUCUCGACCUCUCGGCAAAUCACAUCGGGAAUUGGUAUACGAGGAUAUUUGAUGAGAAUCGUCUCCUGCGAAUCCUUAAUCUCCGGGAGAACAACAUCAACAUGAUGACAACGCAGAUGUUGGAUGAUUUUGAACGAUUGGAAUUCCUUGGGAUUGGGAAGAAUGACUUCAUCUGCAGUUGCAUCCUCAGGGAAUUCAUUGAUAUGGCUGCCAAUAACAAUCGUCCAAUUAAUUGUACGAUCUACGUGAACCCAAUGCCGGAUAUUAAUGAUUUUCUCAUUGAGGAAGUCAUCCAGCACUACCACGAGAACAUCGAUGAGAAGCGUACGCGUCGAUCUGUACCCCAAUUUACUGGUAAACCUCUUCCAGUGCACAAAGGCGCUGCCAGGCAAGAUGAAGAAGACACAGCUGUUUACGAAGCCACCCUUGCAAUCUACGAUCUCCCAUCGCGAAUGUACUACGAAUACGUAAAAUCCAUCAACAGCAGCUAUGCCAAUAUGAUUGUAGCAAAGGCAAAGUAUGACCUCCUCUACAUUUCUCAAGCUGAAUUUGAGCGUCUCGGUGCGGAAACACAGAAAAAUGGCUUCCGUGCCGUUGAGCUGAAAGACGAUGAGAAUUGCACGAGGCAAGCACCACCAUCGGCCAUCCGGAAGUGCCCUCAACGCUUCCAACCGCGUACAACCACCGAAAUAAUCUUCACAUUCCAAUUGUUGGAUUUCCAGGAGAAUGACUAUCGUUGCAUCAAUUCCAGCACAAAUCGCGAACAUUUCUUCUCGGAGAUCGAAAGCUGCCUGUCCGAUCGCUCAAAUUGGCCUAAUCUCGUUCAGAGUCUCAGGCAAGCAAAUAACUCCUUGGUAACAAUUCUCAUUGUUGCCUUCAUCCUUCUCACCAUCUUCUGUUUUGGCUACUACAAAUGGUGGUACAUCCGGUACUUCUUAAUCAUCAUCAAAAAUGCCACAAUUUUGAGUUUUCUCGACAAAGAAAAGGAAAAAGUGCGUCAGGGUGCUUCCGAUGAUGCCUUCAUGUAUGACGUCUUUGUGAGUUUUUGCGAUGAAAAUCGCCCAUGGGUGCUGGAAGAGCUCCUGCCCAACAUUGAGGCAAGACGCGAAAUAAGUGUCUGUAUGCAUGAACGAGAUUUUCAAGUGGGCGUUAGUAUCCUCGAGAAUAUCAUAUCGUGCAUGGAUCGUUCACGAUGCCUUCUCCUUGUCAUCAGUCAGAGCUUUCUUCUAAGUCAGUGGUGUCAAUUUGAAAUGCAUCUAGCACAGCAUAGAUUAUUGGAAACAUGCCGGGAGCAAUUGGUCCUCAUUCUCCUUGAGGAUGUACCCAAAAGAAAACGCCCAAAGACGCUGCAAUUCCUCAUGCGCACCAAAACCUACAUCCGUUGGCCAACACCAAGUAAACGUCGUCGGAAAGAUUCACCAAACUCCGAGGAGAAGGAGGCACCCGAUAAAUCCCUUCAGGAGGAACGAAAACUCUUUUGGAAGCGCCUAAGACGUGCCCUAAUCUCCCACGAAUGGGAAAGUGACUCCACAACUGUUUAGUAGGUGCAAAAAAAAUGAGAGAUUGUGCUUCAAGUACCUGGUUAAUUCAUAAGCUAUUAUAUUAUAUUUUUUAAUUAUUAAAUAAAUCUGUUGAAUUUUACAAUCAUGA